GGUUCUGCCGCUGCUGCUGUGUUAACAUUAGCGUUGUGAUCGUACUACACAAGUGACCCGCUGCCUGGUUCUGCUGCAGUGACCCGAACUGUCCCACAUCAUCAGAUAUAAUGGCUGUUCCUCCAGCAUACGCAGACCUUGGAAAGGCUGCGAAGGAUGUUUUCAAUAAAGGCUACGGUUUUGGAAUGGUGAAACUCGAUGUCAAAACUAAGUCUGCUAAUGGAGUGGAAUUCAAAACGUGCGGCUCGUCGAACAUGGACACAAACAAGGUCGGUGGGAACCUGGAGACCAAGUACAAGUGGGCCGAAUACGGACUGACGUUCACUGAGAAGUGGAACACCGACAACACGCUCGGCACGGAGAUCACCGUGGAAGACCAGAUCACUAAAGGACUGAAGCUGACCUUUGACACGACCUUCUCACCGAACACUGGCAAGAAGAGUGGCAAAGUGAAGACGGCCUAUAAGCGUGACUAUGUAAACGUGGGCUGUGAUGUGGAUUUUGACUUUGCCGGUCCUGCGAUUCACGGAGCCGCUGUGGUGGGAUACGAGGGCUGGCUCGCCGGCUACCAGAUGACCUUUGACUCCGCCAAGUCCAAAAUGACUGGCAGCAACUUUGCAAUCGGAUACAAGACCGGUGAUUUCCAACUGCACACCAAUGUAAAUGAUGGCACAGAGUUUGGCGGCUCCAUUUAUCAGAAGGUGAACGAUACCCUGGAGACGGCGGUGAAUCUGGCCUGGACCACCGGCAGUAACAGCACACGCUUCGGCAUCGCUGCCAAAUACAUGCUGGACUCCAGCGCGUCUAUCAGUGCUAAAGUGAAUAAUGCCAGCCUGGUUGGAAUUGGCUACACUCAGACUUUAAGACCAGGAGUGAAGCUGACUCUAUCCGCCCUGGUGGAUGGAAAGUGCAUCAACGCUGGAGGCCAUAAACUGGGUCUGGGACUCGAGCUGGAGGCGUAACACCCAUCGCAACCCAUCCCAUUCGCCAGCAGACGUCUACCAUUGUGUAUUUCUGGCUCAUCUGGAUAGUUAAGAGUGCGAUAUCCAGACAUGCAUCUGUUUGCUGAUAGAUCACAGUCACUCCUUCAGUUUAAACUGAAUGCCGAAGCCAAACCUAAACAUUGUGUGUCGUCUUAUAUAUUUGACACUAUCCUGAAAUACUUCUCUCCCCAAACCAACGCUUCCCAUCUGUAAUGGCUUUCUUAACAUUAUCAUCCUCCGUUCAUACUGAGAGGAGAUCGGCAUGUUUUGAGAACAUCAAAAGGGAAAAUUCUGUCAUCAUAUACUCACCCUCAUGUCGUUCCAAAUAAGACUCUUUAUGCAUCUGCUAUCCGUAAAACGACAGUUCAUAGUGACCACGAUUGUUAAGAACGAAUUAUGAAUUGUGCACCAACUAUUUAAAGACAUACAGUAGCUAUGUGUGGGGAACAGACACAAAUUUGAGUCUUUAUUCAAUGAAAACCUGCCCCCCCAAAAACUGGUACCGACAGACCAUUAAUUAACCAUGGUGUUAUUAUAGUAAAUCUAUAGUUACUGCAUUAAAACCAUGAUUAAUGUACAUAAGGGAUGAACAAAGGUAUUGUGAAGCAAUGCAAAACCAUUGUGAGGGAAUGCAAAAAUGCACAAAUAUCCUCCCGGUGCUCCAACGGGCGCCGUAUAAAUCAUAGAUGUCCCGCGGUUCUUGUGAUAUUCGUUCUCAUGAAACCGAACACGACGCGACCGCUCAAGUAUCUGUAAUCCUCGGAAAAAAGGUGCGUAAAGAGACUUAAAAUAUUCUCCUUUUGCGAUCCAAAGAAAAAGAAUGCGUACGGGUUUGGAACGGCAUGAGAGUGAAUACAUAAUGACAUCGUUUAUUUUGGAAUGUUGAAAUGUUUCUUUAAUAUUAUUAUUGCUUCGAAUGCACAAUCAAAUCUUCUCCUGCUUUAGAGAUGACCAAAAUCUGCACAUGAACGUGUUUUAUUCCUGCUGCAUUUGUGUGUUGACGUUGGUGGUGUUCAGCUUCAUUGUGAUGUCAUAGCGGGUUCUCUCGGUGUGGGAUGUUUGGAGAGCCUAAACUGUGUCUUGUCUGUUCACAAGAAAACACGAAACACUCGCGACCCGCGCAAGCACUCUUGUGUAUGUCAACCUUUGCAAUAAAGUCUUUAAACUGGAUAUGCUGCAUUCAAAUGACC